UCCGUGUGAGCACGCAUUAGCGCAGUACGUGUUACUGGUGUUACGUUUGAAUAAAUAGAUCGUCAACCUUUUUACAAACUUUAAAAUGGAAACUUGUGCGGUUUGCAAUGACCAGUUCAACGACGGAGUCCAGUGUACGAGUUGCAAGAAACACCUAGAUUUCUCUUGUGCUAGUAUCUCCGAAAUCGGAUGGAGGAAACUGGGCGCGGACCGGAGAGCGCAAUGGAAAUGUCCAGCCUGCAGAGCAUCCUCGCCAGCCUGCAGAGCAUCCUCGCCAGCCUUACUUUCUCCACAACCAACUGCAUCACUGGACACAGUGCUAACGGAACUACGUGAAAUGAAGCAGCAGCUGCAUGAUCUGCCGACACUAAUCCAUGACAUCAAGUCGAUCAAAGAUGAAUUGUCCGAGCUUAAAAAAAGCUGUGACUUCGCUAGCGGUCGGCUGGAUGACUUCGAUAGUCGAAUUGGGUCUCUUGAGGCAAAAGCCUCGGAGCUGGGAAAGCUUCAGGACAAAGUGUCCUCAUUGCAAGCAGAAAUUGCUUCAACAAAGCUCGAACUUUCCGGACACGACCAGCGAUCCCGACUUAACAACGUGGAGAUAAAGGGAGUCCCUGUUAAGAAAGACGAGAAUCUGUUUCUAGUGUUGGAGUCCAUCAGCCGCAAAAUUAUGUACAGUUGUGAUAAGACGUUGAUCAAUUACAUCUCCAGAGUGCCUAUACAGAAUUCAAAGGAUAAACUAAUAAUAGUGAGUUUCCUGAAUCGGUAUGUAAAGGAGGAUUUUGUCGCAGCGGCGCGUGCUGUGAAGGAUUUGUCCACCACUGAUCUAGGUUUCCCAGGAGCACCUCAACGAAUUUAUGUAAAUGAUCACUUAAGUGUAGAAUCUAAAAAACUGUUAAAUAAAACUAAAUAUACCGCUAAAGAGAAGGGUUAUGAAUUUGUGUGGGUGAAACAUGGUAAAAUACAUGUGCGCAAAAAUAUUAACUGCAAACCUUUUAUUGUUCGUAAAGAAACUGAUUUAAACAAAAUUAUUUAAACUGUUACUAUACGCAUUUAGAAAUAAUUAAUCUUUCCUACUCAGUAAUAUUAUUUAGUUUUAGAACGCACAAAGGCUUGCAUGUUAACCUAUUUUCUGUUAUUUAUUUAAAAAGGUUCAACACCUCUGUAUCGUUAAUGAGCUUCCAUUGUUCUCGUUAUCGCACCUUUUGUCUUGAGGACCCAACUCCUGCUAAUAUGCCUAUCUCGCUUGCGCAUACGAGUGUCAUCUAUUGGUGCUUGCUUGCUCGCUCAGGUGUUUACUGCUUUGAGUUAAAUGACUCACGCGCUGUUGAUGUUUUAACUAAUUUUUACCCACUUUUUAAAUUAUUGCUGUUACGCGUAUUCUAUUUUUACUUCAAAAUGAAUUGUGUAGUGAUAUUAUGCUAUAACAACGCUUACAAAGUUGCAAUUAAAUAUAAUUUAUAGUAAUGGCGGUUAAUAGCGGACAGCGUCUAACUAUUUACUACCAAAACGUACGCGGAUUACGAACAAAAACAGACUCGUUCUAUCGACAAGUGUCAUUGAAUUCUUAUGACGUUAUUGUUUUAACUGAGACGUGGCUUAUUGAUGGUUUGUUAAACUCAGAGUUGUUUGAUGACCGAUAUAUAGUGUGGCGCCGUGACCGUGACUAUUCCGUCACUGGACAAUCCCGUGGUGGCGGUGUUCUUAUUGCGACGCGUAGGGAGUUAUCUGUUACCCCGCAACCGCUCCUUCACUCUUCAGCGGAGGAUCUCUGGAUUACCUUACGUCUUAAAAAAUUGAACUCACGAGAUUAUGUUAACUUAUAUAUUUGCGCAGUGUAUUUAUGUAAACAAAAUGGGGGCUUCUCGUUUUCAAAUCAACUUACUAAUUUCCUAACUAAAUUGAAUCAUACGAUUUUGAAUAAUACUUCCGAUGUGUUUCUGGUUUUAGGUGAUUUUAAUAUGAGUGGAAUCUCGUGGGUUUCAUCUAAUAAUAACUCGCUAGUCCCAGUGAACCCCGCCUCAAGUGACGAAUGUAUGCUAACUGAUGAGUUAUCUACGCUAGAUCUCGGACAAUACAACGGCGUAGUCAAUAAGUAUGGAAAAUUGUUGGAUCUGGUUUUUUCAAAUAAAUUAUUGUGUGUUAGUGAGUGCGUUGACCCUUUAGUGACUAUUGAUCCCUAUCAUCCCGCUUUGUUAACUAAUAUUGAUAUCUUCGAAUUACCUCCACUCGAUCAUGCACCAAGGCUA